UGAACCCUUGUUUCAGGGAGAGAGUGAGAGACGGAGAGAGCGCACGGAAGAUAGAAAAUGUCGGGCUGGGAUGAGGGAGCUGUCUACUAUAGCGACCAAGCUCACUCAUGGGACGAUCGCGGUGGAGACGCUCCCACGGCAGCCGCCGACAACCACACUAUCCUCCAGAAAUUAAAGGAGUUCAUCCGAAACUUCGAGACCGACAAGAAUGUGUUCCCUUACAGAGAAAGCCUUGUCCAUAAUCCCAAGUUUCUGGUCGUCGACUUGGAAGAUCUUGACGCCUUCGAUUCUGACCUGCCUGCCAAACUCCGCUCCAACCCGGCUGAUUACCUUCCACUGUUUGAGAUGGCGGCUGCUCAAGUUUUGGUGAGUUUGAAGACGAAAGUGGCCGGGGAUACUGGGGUUAUGGAAGACCCAGUGACUGGGGAUGUGCAGAUUUUGCUCACUUCCAAGGAGGAUCCGGUGUCAAUGAGAUCCCUCGGGGCUCAAUAUAUAUCAAAGCUGGUUAAGAUAGCGGGGAUUACGAUUGCUGCAUCAAGGACUAAAGCGAAGGCAACUUAUGUCACCUUAAUAUGUAAGAAUUGCAAAAAGGGGAAGCACGUUCCAUGUCGGCCAGGACUUGGCGGCGCUAUUGUCCCUCGUUCAUGUGAUCAUAUUCCUCAGCCAGGAGAAGAACCAUGUCCACUUGAUCCAUGGCUUGUGGUUCCUGAUAAGAGCAAGUAUGUUGACCAGCAAACCUUAAAACUACAAGAAAAUCCCGAGGAUGUUCCGACUGGGGAGCUUCCCAGAAACAUGCUUCUCUCUGUUGAUCGUCAUCUUGUUCAAACAGUGGUACCUGGCUCAAGAUUGACAAUCAUGGGAAUCUAUAGUAUCUAUCAAGCUUCCAAUUUUUCUGCAGCCCAAAAAGGAGCUGUCGCAGUUAGACAGCCUUACAUUAGGGUUGUUGGAAUGGAACAAGCAAAUGAGGCCAACUCUCGAGGUCCAGCUGCAUUCACACAAGAAGAGAUAGAAGAAUUCAAAAAAUUUGCUGCUGAACCUGAUGCCUACAAAAAUAUAUGUGCCAAGAUUGCUCCCUCCAUAUUUGGUCAUGAUGAUGUCAAAAAGGCUGUGGCUUGUCUUCUCUUUGGAGGGUCCAGAAAGAACUUGCCUGAUGGAGUGAAGUUAAGAGGUGAUAUCAACGUAUUGCUUCUUGGGGAUCCAUCAACCGCAAAGUCUCAGUUUCUGAAGUUUGUUGAAAAGACUGCUCCUGUUGCUGUUUAUACUUCAGGGAAAGGGUCAUCAGCUGCAGGUCUCACAGCUUCUGUAAUUCGAGAUAGCAGCUCUCGAGAGUUCUAUCUUGAAGGAGGGGCCAUGGUCUUGGCAGAUGGAGGUGUUGUUUGCAUUGAUGAAUUUGACAAGAUGCGACCAGAGGAUAGGGUUGCCAUUCAUGAAGCUAUGGAACAGCAAACUAUAUCCAUAGCAAAAGCAGGAAUAACGACUGUUCUUAACUCUAGAACUUCUGUGCUUGCUGCUGCCAACCCUCCAUCAGGACGUUAUGAUGAUCUUAAGACUGCACAGGAUAACAUUGAUCUGCAAACAACCAUUCUUUCUAGGUUUGAUUUAAUCUUCAUUGUGAAAGACAUCAGAAUGUAUAGUCAAGACAAGGUCAUAGCUAGUCAUAUCAUUAAGGUUCACGCAUCAGCUAAUGCAACUACUGGUGAGAGUAGGGUUUCUAAAGAAGAGAACUGGCUCAAGAGGUAUUUGCAAUAUUGCCGAGCUGAAUGUCACCCUCGCCUGUCAGAAUCUGCAGCGACAUUACUGCAGAACAAUUAUGUCAAAAUCAGACAGGAUAUGAGGAGGCAGGCAAAUGAAACUGGGGAAGCUGCUGCAAUACCAAUCACUGUAAGGCAGCUGGAAGCUAUUGUUAGACUGAGUGAGGCUCUUGCAAAAAUGAAGCUGUCUCAUAUUGCCACUGAGGAGAAUGUGCAAGAGGCAAUAAGGCUUUUCACCGUUUCUACAAUGGAUGCAGCUAAGUCUGGAAUAGCCCAACAAGUAAAUCUUACGCCGGAUAUGGCAAAUGAAAUAAAGCAAGCCGAAACCCAGAUAAAGAGAAGAAUUGGAAUUGGAAACCAUUUAUCAGAAAGAAGGUUGAUUGAUGAUCUCGUUAGAAUGGGGUUGAAUGACUCUAUUGUGAGGAGAGCUCUAAUAAUUAUGCACCAGAGAGACGAAAUAGAAUACAAGAGAGAAAGGCGUGUUAUAUUCAGGAAAGCAUAAUUUGUGAAUUUUCCUUUGGAAUGUUUUUGACAAGUGACUUUAUAUUUAUGUAAUAGUUUGUGAUUAUAGAUAUAUCAUUAAUUUUUUUUAAAUGAGCGUGGACGCUAAUUUCAAUCAACCGUAUUCAAUCCUGUGCAUUGUAACAACCACGUUCAUGUUCUGAUUAUGUUUAUACGCUUGAUCCAAGUUAACAGGUAGGCAGAUUUGCAA